AUGUCAACAGCAAGUUAUCAGUAUUUCACNUAUUUCACAAUUGAUCAAGCACUCGCCGAUUUACGCGUUUUCAUCGAGGCAAUGAAUAAGAAGUAUUUCUCUGAUAUUGCAAAGCCAAGGUGGUUGCUCUUUGGCGGAUCAUAUCCAGGAUCAUUAUCAGCGUGGCUCAGAGAGAAGAAUCCAGACAUAACGAUUGGAGCGAUUUCAUCAUCGUGCGCUGUUAAUACCAUCACUGACUAUUGGGGUUUGUUUCGAUUAAUUUUGGGUUUUUGA